AUGCUCGACAUCAAUGACUUCGCGGCCGUCUUCGCCUCGGAUGCGAGCGGCGGCGACAUCUAUCCGCACCCUACCGUCAACGCCAUCCGUGCAAAUCGUCGCACCCUCGGCGGCACUCUCUUCUUCGAUAGGCUGCUUGCCCAGCUGCACGUUAAGAGCGGCUACCUCUACCCUCCCUCCAAGAAUGCCGACCUGCGCGAGCUACACGAGCGCAUCACAACCUCUCCCAUCGCCGAUCACUACAAGCAAUCGCUACUCUUCUACCUUCUCAAAGACAGUAGCGGCGAGAGCUCCAGCCAGCCGGGCGAUUUCGCCAAAAGCGUCUGCCUGCCGCAAAAAUACUGGACUGUCAUCCAAGGCCUCUGGCACAUGGACCGCCUCCAAUUCAUCAACGCGCUCGAGUCCCUAACGGACCCCUCCCUCCUCCCCACCUUCCCCGAAGACGUGCUGCGCGUCCUCCUCGAGCACGCCGCCACGGCGACCAACGACCCCGUCGACCACCACUCCCACCACCACAACCGCCACCACCUUCAGAACGGCGGCCACGGCGGCGGCGGCGGCGGCAACAGCACGCAACACCUGCCCCUAGCCUACUACAACGCCGUGCGACCUCCCCUCAGCAGCUCGCCGGAGCUGCAGCGCGCCUACUUCCGCUACCUAGCGGGCCUGUCCGUCCCGCAGGCCUACUUCUUCGCGCGCGCGCAGCCGAGCCAGGACCAGCGCGCGCUGCUCGAGCUGCUGAUCCAAGAGGCCAUGGCGCCGGCGGCGGCCGAGGCGCGCGCGCGCCGCACCGAGGAGCUGGUGGACCUGCCGCUGACCGAGGAGGAGGAGGGCUGGUUCGAGGAGUUCUUGCUGGAGGGCAAGGGCAGGGCGCUGCAUGCGUCGCGCGAUACCGUCAUGGCGAGGCGGCUGGCCCUGGGGAAGUACCCGGAUGCUGUGGAUGUGGGCAAAGAUUUGAGUGGCAGGCGGUUCAAUGACGUUACGUGGGAUGGGGUCAAGGACAUUCUGAGCGCUGGACUGGGAUCCAGGGCCACAGAGGGCGUCUUUAAGAUGGCUGAGUUUUGA